AUGACGGCGAAGUUUCUCAAUACUUACGUACCAGCCAACCAUAUACGCCAUGGCAUUGUUCAAAUUUCUUCUUAUCCAUUCGAAAUUCUCUUUGAUCUUAUAGGACCAUCUCCAUUGGAUGAGACUCUGCUCAACGAUGAAAAGCUCGCCAUUGCAACACUACCAAGUACUCCCAUAAUUCUGCAUGUCGCGGGAUGGGACAGCCUAUACUACGAUUUCGGCGUUCCACGACCAGGCCUUCUUGUUUUGCGAGGAUGGUGUUCCUUCACACUGACUCUAUCCGUUUUUCAAAAGUCGACUGUCUACUGGCGGAAGUUCAAGCAGAUUCAGAAGACCAAAAGCCGUUGGCCGGCACAACAUGCUUCUCAGCUGGAGGGGUUGUUUCUUCUCAAUGACGGCCUCCUUCCACCAGCUAUCCAGAUCGAAGAUGAUGGCGCCCUUCAUGUUCAACCUCCCGACGAUUCUUGUGAACUUGCGCGAGUUUGUGAAGACCUAUUGAAGGGCAUCGGGACCGUCGUUUCUCCAACCGAAGGUCGAUCGGCUACUGAUAUCGAGGACAUCAAGAACAUCACUUCAAAUGUGCCCUACCAUUUCCGGUUGACAUUGAAUGAACAGGGUCCUCCGCCUUUCUUGCCGAACUUUUCAAUGUCUUUCCGGCAGGGCGUUGUCUCCAGUUACUACGACGACGAAGUUGAUGAGAAAACAGCCAUCGUGCAUCUCCGCGACCUCCGAAGAAACGAUGCUAAGCUCUUUUCAACGUAUGUACCCUCUUCGCUUCUAGUUCUCCAGGUACCGAUAGACUUGACACAGAAUUACGCCUUAAACAUGUCUUCGACGUUGCCGUUAGAUGCUCUCCGUGUUGCUGUUCGGUCCCACGUCAGGUUUGAGCAAGUUCACCUAUUGGGGCCGCUUGCAUUGCUCAAGCGUGGAGUUCCUCCUAUUAACAUCAUGGGGAAUGGGACAUUGGACGCUCAGCCGCAUAGUACGCUUGCAAGAACACGGAAACACUUGAUCAUCGGGCUCAGGCUGGUCGCUGUCACGAGUCAACGUGUGGCUUACUUUUCCCUUAUAUACAGCUAUGAUUUCAAAAACGAUUGCCUUUCCGCCAUGUCAUCGGCGGUAGCUUGCCUCACUUUCAUCCUUCGUUCACCAUCAUCUUCAUCAUCAACGCUCUCUUCUGACGAAGGCGUAACGACAAGUCACAAAGCUGAUCGUGGACACCAUACGCUCCAAAAUCAAAGACAACACCCCAGCGAUACCCAGAAUGUUGACAAGGUCUUUAUUGAGAUCUCGGACGACUCGGACUCGGACUUGGAUGUUCCUUUGCUCCCAACCUUUGAUGAAGCUUCGGGAAGGCAGCUUUGGGGUUGGAAACCCCCGCCUUUUGAUCACGGCUCCCAGCCUUUAUUUGCCCCUCUAAACCGCGGUCUUCUCCCUACGACACCGGCUCGCCGCCCAGAAGAAACGGAACUACUCAAAAAGACCCUACUCACUUGCCUUCCCGGUCCCUCUGCCCCUGAGCCAAAGUCACCUAUCACUCUCAUGUCCACCCAACUCCGAGUUCUCAACGCCAGUCACCUGUCCCAGCAACUCUCGACAAAGCACAAGGAUAUAAAGCAUACUCGGUUCUUACUAUCACUACGCACUAUUCCAAGAUCCGGAACAAAGACGUCCAUAUCCGAUAUUUCACUUCCCCCAGUGCCUCUCACAUAUGCUCACCACCUUCGAAAACCCCGUGUUGGACCUUUGAGCCUGAGGAUUUGUAUCUCCAUUGGCAAGGACCAUUUAAUGUCAAAGUGUGGGUCUGGGAACGCAAUGGCAGACGCGAGACAGCCUGAGGUGGUGCCUGGCGUCCGAUCCAAGCGGUUUUCGCACCCUCGCCUCCCAGAACAUCAGUUCCAAAUGCUGAAGAGCGCUGGACCGACGUGGAUUAUGAAGUCGACAGGUAUCGGCGUGGUCGCAUCCUUCUCCUGCUUCAGCGUACCAAGUAUUAUUCACUCAAGUGCUAACGUUAGCCCCGACUCCAUUCAACUUGAAGCUUGA